AUAAGGAACUAUGUGACCAACUCUCCUAUCCCUCUUUUGGGAGUGUAACAAGCUUAAAACUGUUCUCACCAUUCCAUAGUCAGAACAAAAUGCAAGCAAUUUGGACAUCGCUGAUAUGCUUGGGGCUAGUCGUAAGGAGUGGAGGAUACAUUUUACCAGAUACACGUUCCUGUGUAAAAAACGGAGACCGAUAUUUGAUCGGUGAUGAGGUACACAUUUCCUCGCGAAUCACGUGCGUCUGUUUGCUGGCUUCCUCUACUGGUAAACUUUACCUAGGCGGGUGUGCGUUUGGAAACAGAGCUCGUCGUCAGGGAUUUCCUACUCCUGCUCCUCCUUCUACUUCCACGAGGUAUACCACCAAGUCCCCGCCCCCUUUCACAACCAGAGCACCACCGAGCCCGAUAGGUACGCGAGGACCGGCGGAACCAUCCACACGUGGUACAACACUGGCACCACCACCCAUCGGAUAACAAAUAUAAAGAGAUCCAAGAUGUUCAAAUGUUUCAAUAAUAAAGUAGUCAAUUGUUGAUUAAACAAUGCAUA